CAGUCAAACUGGUGCAAUACAGAAAAAUUUACCACUCGGAGACCACACACACUGAACGAGAAGCUUCACCUCGAAAUAGUCCCAUCUUGCAGAGCGCCACCAUAUAUCCCGAGAUGCAAUCUGCGCCACGUCUUCAGCGGCCAUCUUAGAACGUGGACAAGCAGUAGACGGAUCAAAAUGAACAUUUUCAGGCUCGUCGGGGACUUAUCCCAUUUAUUGGCAAUAUUCGUAUUGCUUUUGAAGAUAUGGAAAUCCCGGUCGUGUGCAGGUGUUUCUGGCAAAAGUCAGAUCCUGUUUGCCUUGGUCUUCAUCACAAGGUACUUGGAUUUGUUUACCAACUUCAUCUCUGUGUACAACAGUUUGAUGAAGGUCAUUUUCAUUGCAUCGACUGUUGCCACCGUGUACCUCAUGUACAUCAAGUUCAAGGCCACCUAUGACAGCAACCACGAUACAUUCAGGAUAGAGUUCCUGGUGGUGCCUGUGGGAGGACUGGCAUUUUUGGUCAACCAUGAUUUCACCCCACUGGAAAUUUUGUGGACUUUCUCAAUUUACCUAGAAUCUGUGGCUAUCCUCCCUCAGUUGUUUAUGAUCAGCAAAACUGGUGAAGCCGAGACCAUCACCAGCCACUAUUUGUUUGCCUUGGGUUCCUACAGAGCACUGUACCUUCUCAACUGGAUCUACCGCUAUUACUUUGAGGGCUAUUUUGACCUCAUCGCAGUGGUGGCUGGAUGUGUGCAAACAAUACUCUACUGUGAUUUCUUUUAUCUGUAUAUAACAAAAGUUAUGUGGGGAAAGAAACUAAGCUUACCAGCAUAACCACUUCAGUAGGACACAGUAACUGUUUAAAGCACUCAAGUUGAUGUCAAUUUAUAUAUACGUAAUCAAAUGCAGGAGGACAGCUCAUAAUAUUCAGGUCAAUUGUGGAUGAUAGGAUGAGGCAAGGCAGAAUGAAUGAAGAUACAAUCCUGGACAUUACCUGCGACUUUUAACGAUUCACAACUACCUAAAUCUUCCAUUAACAAUGUUUUGUAAACAAAAAGUUUUCUUUUCAUUAGUCAUGUUUACUAGAAAUGUCACUUAGUUUUACAUUUUUCUGAAAGAACCCAUGGAAAGGUGUAAACUUGGAAAAAAAAAUAUUCAAAGAACUGCUACACCAGUAAUUCAAAAUCUGUUGGACAUGUUCAGAUGAUGCUGGAUACUUGCAACAAAUGUUCUUUUAUCUCGGUCUGAAUAUUGGCCCCUUUGGUUGAAAACAAAUAUUCUUCUCAUUUAAAUGAAAUAUUUUUAGAAUGGAAAUCCAGAGCUGGGAUGUCCUGAAUAUUGUUGGUGCUGUGUGCGUAAGGUGUACCAUGUGGCUUUCAGGGCAUCUAGAACCCAGUAAAAUGCUUCACACGAUUAGUACAUAGAGUACAUUAGUACAUGUGAAGAGGUGAUCUUUCAGUCGGGAAGACAUGGUAUGCUUUGACGUGUUAUUUUGGUCAAGAUGGUGGGUCCGACGUUGCUUUAAAAUGAAAAGUAGUUCAUGUUGACACACUUACUAGGUGUAAAUAAGUUUCUGUAAGGGGUCAAGGCUGUUUGUUCAAGAUUAUGCUUUAUAAAGAUGGUGUUAAUGUUAAGAUGCUAGUUUUUUACGUGUAGGUAUUUCUAUUCGUCUGUAUACAAAGUCACUUAAAACAGCAUUUUAAACAUGCCUUGUAAAAUGUAGAAAUAAUAUAUCAGAGAAAUUUUGAUAUUUAUUCAUGGCUUGAGGUAAUUCUGUUAUUUGACAUGGCAUGUGUUGUUAAAAAUGUCUAACUUCAAGCAUGGUUAUGCGAUCACAGUGAUGGAUGUUUAACAGAAAUGUUAGUUUCUUUGAAAUUUAUCAGAGUUGGCCUUUAUCAAGUCAAUAAAUACAUACACUAUAUAUAUAUA